AUGUCUGAUAAAAUCCGAGAGCUUGCCGAAGCGCGUCGGCGACGCUUUCAACAGCUCAGCAAAGACGAAAAGCCAAAGGUCGCGGUUUGCCCUAACUGUGCGCAGGCGAGCUAUUUAAGCGAGAUCUGCCCUCGCACCGGGCAAUAUCACGAUUUGCAGCGCAAAACAUUGGUAGGAGGGGAUCUCUUCAACAGCAAGUUCGUCGACUCCUCGCGGCUGAUGGGGGCGUUCGAUCGCACGCGUGUGAAGUGGGUUCCGAGCCGCACGCAGCUCGUGAAGGCGGAUGCGCAGUCGUUGAAUAUUUUCCAGAGCUUCGUGGCGCAGGUGGGGUGGAACCUGCAGCGCUACGCGAUUCUGUACGGCCGCUACGACAGCGCGAGCGCGGUGGUGGAGGUCCACGCCGUCUACGAGCCGGAGCAGCAUGGCAACCGCUACCGCUUCGAGGUGAUCGACGAUCCGCGGAUCGAGACGGUGGAUGCGAUCGCGCGCGGCCUCGGGCUUCGACGGGUGGGCGCACUCUGCACCCACCCCCCGCGGGAUCCCGACGAGAUCGUGAUGAGCGCCCGUGAGCUGCUGCUGUGCGCGCGGGAGCAGUCCCUUCAUGGCGACGAGUGCGUCCUCCUCACGAUCGCGCCGAACCUCUCCGAUGGGGUGGUGGAGUGCCAGGCCUGGCAGACCUCCCCGCAGUGCGUGCACCUCUUUCGUGUCGGCCUCCUCUACGAGCCCGACGAGAAGGACCUGGACAGGAAGAACACGGACAAGAAGGACACGGACAAGAAGGACACGGAGAAGAAGGACACGGAGAAGAAGGACACGGACAAGGAAGCGGACAAGGUGGAGGAGUGGAUGAUUGUGUCAAAGGUCGCCUUGGAGGUCGCGCAGGAGGACACGGAUGGGAAGGGACACCGCCUGUGUGUCACGAAGGAGCCCUGCACCCGCAUCGACACCCGAUGGUUUACCAGCUACAUCGCCGUCCAGCAGUUCACGUCGGACGUCGUGCGGGGGGGGUUCCUGCGGAUCUCCCGCCCGGGGAUGGCGCCGCCGACGUUUGAGAACCUGCGGAACUACAUGAACGACCCGAAGCGACGAAACGAGACCUUCGCGGAGAAGAUCGCCGACUUUCAUGUGUUGAUUUUCUUGUCCACGGUGUUCUCUACCAGUGAUGACCUGCCAGAGCUGGUACGGAUCGCCAAAACGAAAGAAAUGACGGAGGAGGCGAGGAAUUAUGAAGCCAUUUUGCACGAGUAUAUAAAUUAG